AUGGUAAAUACACCAGAAAAUCUAGUAUUUCUUCAGAUUCCUAUGAACCAGCAAGAGGCAAGAGCCAAAGAACAGGAAGCGGAACCAUGUGAUGCAACAGAGAAGGAUGCUUGUGAUGAUGGAUGCUCUGGGGGACUUAUGACAAAUGCUUACAAGUACUUGAUCGGGGCAGGAGGUAUAGAAGAAGAGGAUGCAUAUCCUUAUACCGGAAAACGUGAUGAAUGUAAAUUUAGGCUGGAGAAAGUAGCCGUUAAACUUGUGAAUUUCACCAGCAUUCCAGUGAAUGAAAAUCAGAUUGCUGCCUAUUUAGUCAAUCAUGGCCCUCUUGCAGAUCUCCUCGCACUUGCAGGCCAACGUGAACGACACUUCGCAGCGACACUGAACACCGCUAUGAAGCACCUCAAAACGCUGUUCGUUGUUGAGAAAGGCGUUCACGGCUAUGAGCGUCGCUUUUUCCGAGAGAAAGCCAUACAAAAGGAGAUGGUGGACUUUUUGGUUGAUAUCUGGCACGAUGAGGGACUUUUCGACUAG